AUGGAAGCGGCUCCGCUUACCCUGGCUCAUACCCAUGCUCGGAAUGCAGUGCUCGAGACUCGGAAGUCGAAUCCUGUCGCUGCCAGUGAGGAGCAUGACCUAGCUGCUGGGGAGUUCGCAACGGCGGCCCAGAACAGUUCCGACCCUCAGGCAUUACGAACAUUACAUCUGCUGGAACAACAUCACAAAAAGCUUGCUCAAAUCCUUCGAUUUCAGCAUGAAAAUCCUCCUUCUGCCGGAGCGAAUGCCCCUCUCUCGGCGGAACCAGGUUCGCCAAAGGCUUCACCGUCCAUACAAGACGCCCAGCAACAGCCACCAAAACUGUCCGGGAACGCUCGGUUGCCGAAAAGAGAAACCUCAUCGAUCGCCAGUAACCUGGCCUCCGCUCGGGGAAUCCCGUCGCAGCCGCGCCGCGCGACACCCGCGUCACCGACUCUUUCGUCCCAGCAAGCCGGCGCCAGAAUGACCGAUGGACCGGCCAAGAUUAGAACGGGCGAAUCUCGCUUGCGUGGAACGCAAGCCCAUACACCCAGAGACCGCCUGUAUCGUACCUCUUCUACAUCGAAGCACUCGUGGUCUCCCCCGGUGGGCAGCCCUACCGAUGUUACGUCGCAGCAAUAUGUGCCAAGUGAUGCCGUUGAGCCCCGCCGCGGGAGCAGACAGCCGGAUACGGAGGAGCCUUUCCAGCGGUUCUACUCGACUUUCGGGGGCCUCAUUUCAAAACUGUCGGCUCCGCUGGCAUUUGCCGGCCUCCCUUUAGGGUCGGAUGCAUCACAGGCAGAGUCCAGCCCUAAAUCCCACGCAGAUACAAAGCUAGACCGUCACCAGGCAACUUCUAGUCGCUCGACUCAAUCCGCGGAGCCCGACAUCAGCCGGAUCUUCUCGCGGGCAGCACUCCGGGCGAUACGAGACUCUCCCGGCGGGGGAAGCGGGGCCGGUGGCCCAACCGGCGGUCCUGCGGAGUCGUUCUACGUUGUCCCCACGACAGGCGGCACAGUCUCCUAUGCCGGAAUCCUUGGCCGAGCAGAGAAGGAAGCUCGAAGAAACAGCCUCGAAGAAGGCGAUGACGACUUUGUAGAUGCUCGCGAGACCCCGGCGUCCCCCGAACUGCGCCACAGCUUCACCGGCGGCAAGGGCAAAAACGGACGAGCCAACGACAGACUCACCACCAACCUGCAGAACCCAAAGACUAUAGAGGAACUGCAGAUGGAAAACCAGGCUCUGCGACACCUGUCUGAUACGCUGUCCAACCGGUUGCACAUGUGGGAAGUCAACGCGCAGUCUUCCUCCAUCGCCCUGCAGCAGUCCCUGAAAGCGAUGCAUCAUCAGAACAUCCCGUCUCCCGAGCAUCAGGCAUCUUCUGCAACCACGUCACCCCCUGCGCCUCUCUCGACUCAACCGUCCAUGACUGAUCACGACCAGCGCAUCAAAGAACUCGAGGACAUAAUCCGUCGUAGCGAGAUGGAUCUCGAAAGGGCCGGUCGCGAGAACGAGAAACUGCGCAACGCGGUCGGUCGGUAUCAAGAUCGAUGGGAGAAACUGAAAGAGGGCGCGAAGACCAGACAGGCGAGGAGUAAAGCCAGCGCGGACAAUCCGGCGCCGGCCGGUCCUGCAGUCGUAAAGGCAAUGGAUUCGCCUAUUCCGUCGGGGGACGGAUCCAGACCGGAGAGUGAGAAUGAGAAUGGGAACGUAAAUAAGGAUUCUUCUGAUGGUAAAGUGGACGUGUCUGAUACGUGA